AUGGUCACCACCAGCGAGCACAAGCGCAUGCAUGGUGGGACCUCCCCAGUGGCCCACCACGACCUAGAGAACACCCUGAACUGCAGCUUCAUCGAGCCGCCCUCCGUGGUGGAGCAGCCUUCCCCAUCCUGGUCAUCCCGCGGCUCCUUCUCCUCUUUCGACACCACGGACGAGGGGCCGGUGUACUGCGUCCCCCACGAAGAGAGCGUGGGCGACAGCAGGGACAGGGGGACACCCGCCAGCCCCGGGGACAAGCUGGUGGCCCCAGCCGGCGCGGAGGAAGCUGUGGAGCAACGAAUUCGAGAGGAACAGCGAAUGAUGGAUGAGAAGAUUGUCUUGGAGCUGGACCAAAAAGUGAUAGACCAGCAGAGCACUCUGGAGAAGGCUGGGGUGUCUGGCUUCUACAUCACCACCAACCCACAGGGCAGGGGACUCGCCGCCUCGCCGUGGCGGGUGGCUGGCAGCUGGGGAAGAGGUCCACGGACUGUCUAUGAGAGGAUGCUUCUGGGCGUGUUGAGGCAGAAGCAGCCUCGCAAACGGGCAGACCCUUCCCAAGGAGACCUAAGGGCUCGAUGGCUGCCUCGCUCCGCCGACCUGACCCGCUUCUGCCAGAAACUCAACCGGGUGAAGACCUUGGAGGACGACAUGAUGGAGACGUCCUUCAACAGAUGCCUUUCCACCAUCGACUUGACGCUGCUGGGCAUCGGGGGCAUGGUGGGCUCCGGGCUGUACGUCCUCACAGGCACCGUGGCCAAGGAGAUCGCCGGCCCCGCCGUCAUCGUUUCCUUCAUCAUUGCUGGCUUCGCCUCGCUCCUGGCUGCUCUCUGCUAUGCUGAGUUUGGAGCCCGGGUACCCAAGACGGGCUCUGCCUACAUGUUCACCUACGUGUCUGUGGGGGAGAUCUGGGCCUUCGAGACCCACGUGGGCACCUGGCAGGUGCCGUUCCUGGCCCACUACCCUGACUUUCUGGCAGCCGCCAUCCUGCUGGUAGCCACCGCCUUCAUCUCCUUUGGGGCCAAAGUGUCCUCCUGGCUCAACCACGUCUUCUCGGCCAUCAGCAUGGGCGUCAUCCUCUUCAUUCUCAUCAUGGGCUUCAUCCUCGCACAGCCCAAGAACUGGAGUGCCCAGGAGGGCGGCUUCACCCCGUACGGGUUGUCGGGCAUCAUGGCCGGCACAGCCACCUGCUUCUACGCCUUCGUGGGCUUUGACGUCAUCGCGGCCUCCAGCGAAGAGGCCAGGAACCCCCAGCGGGCUGUCCCCAGGGCCAUAGCUUUCUCCCUGGGGCUGGCCACUGGGGCCUACAUCCUGGUGUCAGUGGUGCUCACGCUGAUGGUGCCCUGGCACACGCUGGACCCUGACUCUGCCCUGGCAGAUGCGUUCUACAGGAGGGGCUAUGCCUGGGCAGGGUUCCUGGUGGCCGCUGGCUCCAUUUGCGCGAUGAACACGGUCCUUUUGAGCAACCUCUUCUCCCUGCCACGCAUCGUCUACGCCAUGGCCGAGGACGGGCUCUUCUUUCAGGUCUUCUCCCGAGUGCACCCCCGCACGCAGGUGCCCGUCAUUGGCAUCGUGGUCUUCGGGCUGCUGAUGGCCCUGCUGGCCCUCGUCUUCGACCUGGAGGCCCUGGUGCAGUUUCUGUCCAUCGGCACGCUGUUGGCCUACACCUUCGUGGCUGCUAGCAUCAUCGUCCUGCGCUUCCAGCAGCAGAAGGUGGAUGUUCCCGCACUGGCCGCCGGUGCCCGGCCCAGCCCCGAGCCCCACGAGGGUCCAUCUGCCAGCGAGCUGAAGGAGUACGAGUCCUUCUCCGACAAGCUCCAGCUGGUAGACAGGGACAAGAGCAAAGAGCAGCGGGAGCCAGGGCAGCUGAAGGCAGCUUUUGAGCCCUAUCUGGAGUUUCUCAGCGACUUCUACCCAGGUGAGGUGGUCACGGUGGCUGUGGUGACCCUGAUGGUGUCCGCCAUCUGCCUCUGCUCCGUCCUGGUGUUUGGCAGCACUCACCUUCACCUGCCCACCUGGAGCUACUCCCUGCUGCUGGUCCUCUUCAGCCUGGGCUUCCUGCUCAGCCUCCUGCUCAUCUGGGCGCACGAGCAGCAGCGCGGCACGCAGACCUUCCAGGUACGCCCCGGGGGCCGGCUGGGACUAGUCCUUCUGCUGGGCACUCACCUUCACCUGCCCACCUGGAGCUACUCCCUGCUGCUGGUCCUCUUCAGCCUGGGCUUCCUGCUCAGCCUCCUGCUCAUCUGGGCGCACGAGCAGCAGCGCGGCACGCAGACCUUCCAGAGCCCCUCUGUUCUUGAUGCGGUGUGCGCAGAAGAUGCAGACUGCCCCGUGGGAAAGCCAGUGGAUCGUGGCAACGGGAUAAAAACUGGGAAAUGUGUGACUUUCAACACCACCCAUUCCACCUGUGAGAUCUAUGGCUGGUGUCCUGUGGAGAACAACACCCUGCCCAGGUGCAAUGCUUUGCAAACCAACAACCCCACCUAUUUCAAGAGCUGCAAAUAUGAUCCUUUCUUCAGCCCCUUCUGCCCUGUCUUCCGUGUCCGUGACAUGGUGGAGGCAGCUGGAGAGACCUUUGGAGACCUCGCACUGCUGGGGGGGAGCAUCGGAGUUCGCAUUGAGUGGGACUGUGACCUGGAUCGCCCUGCCGCCCAGUGCCAGCCACAGUACUCCUUCAGCCUGCGGGACAGGAGGUACAAUUUCAGCCAGCCCCAUGGCUUCCUGCUGGCAUUGCUACUCCCCACCCCGGUCAGCUCUUUGCUUCUUGGUAAUGCCCUGAGCAGGGAGGCUUCCCUCGUUAAGGAGCUGACAUGGGCCACGGUGGUCUGUGACCUGGUGCUGCUCUACCUGGAUGCGAAGGCUGACUUCUAUUGGAAGGAGAAGUUCGAGGAGAUCGCCGUGGGCCUUGACUUCCCCUGGCAAACAGGGACACAAUGA